AUGAGGUGCUCAUCCUCGGAUCUGGUCCUGUCCAUCUUCAUCUUUGUAUUGGCAAUCGCCCCAGCCAGAGCCCGGCCACAUUCCAUCUGGGACGUCAACAUCGACAACGAUCCUGCCCCUCCACCAGAUCAAGGGCCACCAAUCUCCGUGGGCGCCCUGCGGGAUAGAUCCAAGCUCAAAUACGAAGUCAUUGGCAUUAUUGGAGCUUACGUUGUCUGGCUCAUUGUCACGUUUAUACUGCUUUUCUUCGUGGGCAAGAAGCUUCGCCGAAGAGUCCAGACGUCCAACCAGUCCUUGAGCAUGGAGAUCAUGAGCAAACCUGCCCCGAUAGCCACCCAGGCCGGCAGGUCUGUUGAGCCGCCUUUGAAGAGCCCCGGCAAAAUGGCGAGCCUCAGGUCGUGGGCCAGCGGCAAGUCGCAUGCAUAUAAACCGUCCAACAUCAGCGUCACGUCGACCAUCGACGAGAAAAUCCUUCAGGCAGACAAGGCGAAGAACAUGGAUGAGAUGGCCCGGCUGUACGCUGCUGUGAUGCAACACGACGAAGAACAGUCUCAAAAAGCCAGAAGCAGCGGGCAGACAUCACCUAGGACGCCCAACAUCCCGCCCCAGUACAGUGUGCCUCCCACACCGAGGUCCAUUGCCCUUCCGCCAACCCCAAAGUCGCCCUACUAUCGCCCAGAUAUCAUGGGAACUCUGGCGCCGAGGUCGCCGAGAUCUCCUCAAUAUCCGCCAGAAUUCCAGCAUCUACGACAACAGGAGUCGGAGGCACAACGCGAGGUCUAUACUGAGCCGAAGUCUCCGAGAUCCCCAAGGUCUCCAAGAUUGGCUCACCCUCUGGCUCCUACUCCUGCUGAAGACCCGCCGACAAGGCUGGCUCACCCUAUGGCCCCAACUCCUGCGGAAGACCCGUCGACACGGACAGCGUCGCAAACCAGCUCUCGCAAGAAGGUUUCGCCUCUGUCCUUUAUCUCUGGUGAGAAGAGGAGACCUAGCAACAUUUCAGUCCGUGGGCAACCUAUUUCGCAACCUCUCGGCUCAGCCGCUCUCUCGGAUGUAUCAUACAUCGACGAAGGUCAAGCUUCGCCCAGAUUUUACAACCCCGGCCCUCCGCCGCCGACUCCGGGCCAGAAGUCCGCGGUGACGGUGACGCAGGACGAGAUUGGGCGGCGGACGCCGGGAGCUUUGUCUCUUGCGAACACCAUGGGUUCCGGCGGGUCCAGCAGUUCGAACAGCCUCCCAUUCAGGCAGUUCUACAACGAGACUUUGAAGAGUGCGCCCGCAACCAAAACGACCUUCGUCGGCGUGCGCGAGAGUAUAAUGGGCAUUCACCCCAAGACCGGGGUGCCUCAGACGCCAUACAGUCCUUACAUGCCCAUGACGCCCAUGACGCCCAUUACGCCGCGGUCACUCGUGACCAAGAAGGAGAUGAAGAAGAACAGGAAGAAGGGAGGCCUGAAGGUGCUCAGUGAGGACGACAUGGUCAUGAGCGACGAGGACCUCUGGUCGCCCAUGAAGUGA